CUCAAUCACUGCUCGUAUCGUUCCCACUCCCUCCGGCCAUGGCGCCUAUCGAAGGUUUCCUAAAAUUAGGUUAGAGAGGGAAACUGUGCUCUCCUCACUCCACAACGACUUCGAGUUGCUGAAUUGUGCGUUGCGUCGAGUGGGGUUGCUUUAACUUUUUGCUAUUUGUUUGAAGAAUGGCUGGAGUUCCAAGAUUAUUUGAUUUAUGCAUGGCCGCUAUAGCUGAUGAACUUCUCCGAGGGGACGAUAGUGAUGAUAUACGUUCGGUAAUUUAUGAAUUUCCAUCAGAACUGUUUGAUAAUUUGUUGUCGCAUUUGCCUCCAUUGGCAGUGCAGAAGUUGCAGGAGAAUCUACCGUUUGACUUCUGGGAUAAGUUUGAUUGCGCUCAAGCUUAUAACGGAGACAGUCGGAAACGCAGAAGAUCUGGAAUUUUAGAUACAGCAUGGGAACUACUUUAUAAGGUUCGUUGGCCUGGUUUUGGUCAGCAUAAGCGUAGUGCCUUUUGGUUGCAAGCAAAAUAUAUUGUGAUUGAUGAUUGGCAGCAGCUAUAUUGGGAGACGCAUUUGCAAGAUUGUGUGGAUGCCAUAGCAGAGACAGCUUUGCUUCCAUCAUAUGAUGGCUCUAUUGGAGAAAUACAAAUUCCAGAUCCAAUAUUGGGAUACAUUGGCGGCAAGGGUUACCUGAGUAAUCUGACUUGCAACUACAUGAAAUUUUCAUGCCAUUGCCAGCAAUUUGGACUUUAUGCCAGACAGCUCAGACUUCCAAACGCACUCUGUGUCACAGAAAUUUGUGAUUUGUUACAAAGCAGUAAGUUGCAUACUCUGGAACUUCAGUGGAUAAAAUCCAGUGCUCAUGUUGAGGGAUUAUGCAAACUUCUGAAUCAGAAUUGCAAAACUUUGAAAUCCAUUGAAUUUAUUCAUUGCAAGCUUUCCCCAUCUUUCAUAAAUGCAAUUUGCGAUUCACUAUGCGCGAAAGGCCUUCAAGUACAUGGAGUCAAGCAUUUCUCAGUCAAGAGAUCAAGUUUCCAGCGAACUGACUCAUCUCCCAUACCAAUUGGAAUGAUAUCAUUUUUAACUUCUGGGAGUUCUUUGGAGUCUGUGAUCUUUUGUGAUGACCAACUGGGGCGAAACUUUGCAAGGGUCAUUUUCAAUACACUCCUUGAUGCUUCGGCUACUAUAUCCGUGCUGGAUCUUUCAGAAAAUGAUAUUUCAGGUUUCCUUUCUCAGUUUCGGUGGAGAUCAUCAAGCUCCUCAGGUGAAACAGGAAACUCAUUUCAAUCAUUACGAGCGCUCAACUUGAGGAGCUGUGAAUUGUUAAGUGAAGAUGCAGAGUGUCUCAAGCAGGCUCUGGUUUGCAUGCCUAAUUUGGAGAGUCUUGAUUUAAGUGAAAAUUCGAUUGAGAAUGGAAUAAGGAGUCUGAUCACUUAUUUUAGUGACAUAUCCAGCAGAGAAUUUCCAUUUAACAAUCUGAAGCUCGGGAAUUGUGACCUUACUUGCAAUCAAGUGGUCGAACUUUUAGGAGUUCUUACAACCAUGAACAAUCCACUGAAUUUUCUUUCACUCAAAGGCAAUAGGCUUGGGAGCAAAUUUGGUGCACCGAUGGGAAAAUUUUUGUGCACCGGUAUUCGUGCUCUUGAUGUUGAAGACAUUGGACUUGGUUCGUUUGGUUUUGGUCAAGCACUUGAGGAAAUCACGAAUGACCUGAAAAUCACUUACAUAAAUAUAAGCAAUAACCAAGGUGGAACUGAAGCUGCAAGCUUCAUGUCAAGGCUCGUUUCACAUGCCGACAAUGUUGUUGCAAUCGAUGCAAGAUAUAACUUAAUGCCUUUGGAAUCUUUGACAGUAAUAUUAUCUGGCUUGAAAGCUUCAAAAGUAAAGCUGGAGCGUCUGGACUUAACUGGAAAUAGUUUCUGUGAUAAACUUGCUGCUGAUGGAGCAUCAGUUUUGGAUGAAUUUCGUACCAUUGAACUGCACAUGCUGUAUUAUUCUUUACCACACGAAUGAUGGGUAAAUCCUGCAGUUGAAAGCAUCGAAAAUAUUACAAGACUGAAACCAAAAUAAUAAGGCAAAAUCAUGAGUAGACAACUUUGAUGCUUUUUGUGUCCAAUAGAAGUUUGGUGGGCUGGCCUUUUCAUUUGGCAUUCCUAUUUGGCCAUUUUAUCUUUAGUUUCAAUCACAUUUUUAUACUCAUAAUUGAAGCUUAUCCUUAUUUCCUCUUACUUAACAAACAUGAUAUGAUGCAUUGAAUGACGGUGUUAGUAUAUAACAGCAUUGCUUUAUGUUUCUUGGUGAAACUGAUACAUCCAUGCUGUGGUUGGAUUGGUCUUAUCAUCUUUGUUGCCCGAAAUUUUGGGCACACAUUUCUUGUUAUAUAUAGACAUGGAACCGACAUGCCCUACUUGCAUUUAAAGUUCCAUUCUGUAUGUAUAUUGCUACUUUGUGUUGCUUAUUUUAAACUACUCUUGCU